CUCUCCCACUUACUCACUCACUUCCUCCCUCCCUUCUGCUCUUCUACUUCCACACUCGAUCCCACGCGACCAAUACCUAUCCCUGCGAGCUAUCUCUUCCCAGACACAAUCCAACCACACCACCCCGACCGCGCCUCCCUCCCUCCCUACUUUCGUCAGGCCGAAAUCCGGGGAAGCUCCAGCAGCACUAUCCCUACCUACCUACUUCCUACCUACUUCCUACCUAUCCUUCUGUCCUCACACUACCACCAACAACGGCAAACAAACUUCGCGGAAAGGUCGACAUUGAAGCACCUCCGUCCCUCUUCAAAUGCGCAUGCGCGACCUCCGCGCGUGCUCCCGCCACCCCCUGCUCUCAUGAAGCCUUCUUCCGCUUCCGCUCCCGCCGCCGUUGACGUUGACUAUCGACCCUGUUUGAGUCUGAGACUGAGACUGAGACUGUUCGCAUUCACACUAUGUCGGACUCUGUGGAUCGAGUCUUCGUUCAUGCCUUGAACACCGUCAAACGGAUUCCCCGCACGGGGACGGCCCGGCCGCCGGCUUCGGAGCGCUUGAAGUUGUAUGGCCUGUAUAAGCAGAGUAUGGAAGGCGAUGUCGAAGGCGUCAUGGAUCGUCCGGUCGGGAAUACAGCGGAUGUGUUUAUGGAGUGUGAGAAGUGGGACGCCUGGUCCACCCAACGCGGCCUCUCCCGCACGGAAGCCAAACGACGAUACAUCUCGACCCUGAUAUCGACCAUGCACAGCUACGCGUCGCAGACCGCCGAGGCCCGCGAGCUCGUCGCUGAGCUGGAGUUCGUCUGGGACCAGAUCAAAUCCAAUACCGGGUUGUCGUCGUCGUCGUCGUCUCGGGAUCAGGGCAGCUCGGGCUCGGCGCGCGAGCGCGACGUGCCCCCCGUGGAGUAUCAGUCCAGGAUGUCCAGGCCGGAGUAUGAGCAGCUGCUCAGCACGGGGAGGGGGGAUUCGAGGUUACGGGUUAUGAGUCCGGUGAAACGGGGGGACGUGGAAGAAGAGGAAGAGGAAGAAGAUGAGGUGUAUGCCGAGGCGCAGGAUAACCUGUUUGAAGACGAUGACGAAGAUGAGGAUGACAACGAGGACGAUAACAUCGACGACCACAACCACCACCACCACCACCAUGCCCACGACCACGACUACUACCAGCAACAAUCAUACCCCCUCCCCUCCCCCUCCCCAGACCAAGCCGGAAUCUACAGCGAACACACAGCCGACCGUCCGGCCAGAAUUCCCCCCAGAGACAGAGACAGAGACAAAGACAAAGACAAAGACAAAGACAGACGCUGGCGUCGUCGCGUCGAGCAGGCCUUGACGAAAAUGACAGCCGAGAUCGCCGCCCUGCGCGAACAGCUCGAGACCCGCGCCCUGGCCCACCGCCGACGCUCCGGCCUCUGGGCCUGGCUGAAGUGGUUGACCUGGACGACGACCCGGCAGCUGCUCGUCGAUCUGGCUGUCUUUGGGCUCCUUCUGCUAUGGAUGCGGCUGCGUGGAGACCGUCGGUUAGAGCAGAAGGUGAGGGUCGGUUGGGCGGAAGUGAAGAGUCGGUUGGCGAGGUGGAGGGUGUUGAGGAGGAGGGGGUCUUGAUGAUACUUCUUCUUACUUCUUAUUUCAUGUUUAUAGUGGUGGUUGUCUCUCUUCAUGUCUUCUUUCUUUCAGGUACAUAUAUAUAUAUACCAUUUGCCUUGCUUUGCUUUGCUUUAUUUGUUGUGUUGGGUGUUGGGUGUUGUCUGUUGUCUAUCUGACUGACUGACUGACUGUCUGUCCGUUGACAUGAAUGGAUGAGGAUGAUAGGUGGAUGAGUUAUUGUAUCAUCCUAGAGAGAUUGGAUUGCGAGUACUACCUACCUACCUACCUACCUACCUACCUUA